GCGGGUUGUUCGUUGUUGUCGGCGUUGGGCUUCGUAAAGGUUGUGGGUGUUUCAUCAUUUGCUUCGUUUGCGNUCUUCGUUUUGCGGAAUGGCAUCUUCUUCGACCAGGUUGACGGUUCGUCACUCUUUUUCUACCAAGUACAUAAGUGCUUUGAACAAGAUAUUAACAAAUGAGCACCAGUCAUUGAUUUUGGCCACUCCUUUUGGAUGGUUUUUAGAUUUUACUGACAAUGUUAAAUUAGGUAGGAAAAUAUUGGGUGAGUUGGUGUGGAAAUGGGUUGAUCCAAGCAGUGGUUUCUUAAUUGGAGAUAAAAUUGUUUCAAUGAAUGAGGAAGAUUUUUUUUUAGGUUUGGGGUUAAGUUUGGAUGGGAAAGAGUUUAAUUUGAAUGGAGAAAUGCGAGUAAGUAAAUGUGUGAAAUACAUUGGUAAUAGGACAAGUGAUUUGAAAUUGGUUUACAAAUGUUUGAUGAAGAAAGGAAAAAAAAUCCCUUGUACCCCUUUUUGUAGUCUGUACAUAUUGGUUGGUAUUUGUGAGAUAUUAUUUCCCCAACGUAAUGGUAAAAUGAUCUAG